UACAGCUCCCCUGUGCGACUGGCUCCCACGUGCGCACGUAAACCAAUGGGAUGACGAGAGGCGCAGUUUAAAAAGGAAGCCGCGAAGACGUUUCCGCUUAUCCAAAACAAAACGGGCAAUCCUAAAGAUACCGGACAAGAAUACGGUAAGCGGCACUCAUAUGACCACUAGCCACCAAACGGCAAGUCUUUGACACUGUAUAAUUUUGCACAUUAUUAGCAAGGUAGCUAGCUUGCUAUCGCUUUUGAAUGACAAAAGCCAUGCCUACUAGCUAGCUGCGGGAGACAUGUAACGUUAAAGGCCUCCCGGAGUAAAAAGGCUAAUAACUAGUCAUGCCUUCCACCAACCAAACCAAAGAUUUUCGGAACAAACUUGGACGCUGUCCUCACUAACGUUAUUCUCGGGUUGUCACAAACCUCAAGCGUAUUUUGAUUCCCUGAUAGUUUAUAAUGAAUAGCCUAGGUAGCAAAUUGUCUGAAAUGUCUAACUAGUUAGCUAACAAGAUUUGACUAAUUACCACUUGCCCAAACAGGAAAUGGCUUCAAUCAUCUUCUCUGAGAGAGAAAAUGCCACCCUCCAUACACCUGCGCUGAAGAUGCGCCAGCGGUUGCAAUCUGUUCCAGGUACUCUGCCCUACCUACAAUUGUCAAAUGAUUUACCUGCGUUUACGUCUACCUUGCUAGAACUGUCUAUGCUUCAUAGCCAAGGCUACAUUGGUUGGUUUAACCACCAUGAGAAUGCGCAUGCACUACUGUUACCAUCUGAGACAGUACAUUUUUUAACUAUUGUCCCUGAUUGUUGAUAUCAAUAGUGUACACUUUGCUCAGCCUAUUUACCACUUAAAAUGUAUGCUUACAGAAAACCUCUUGAAGACCCCUCUAACUGGAAAAAAGUUGCAUACUCCUUUACAGUCCGGUCGCAAGGCUUUGGGGGCUAGUGAACAAGGUCCCAUCAAUGCCAACUGUAAAUGGACAAGAGAAGAACAAACUCCUUGAGACACAGGUCAGAAGCUCACAAUUUGACAAAUUGUUUUUGCCAGGUGACGUGUGCCUAUAUCUGUGCAGUAAUCAUGAUUUUCUCCCUUCAGGAAACAAAAGUUAAAACCCUCCCUCAGACCAAAGUAGAAGAAUACCCAGAUAUUGAGAUGUUUAUCCCCUAUGACCCACUUGGUAAGUCAACUAUGGUGUUUUACCCUUUGAUAUUCCUCCACCUUUCUGAUAACCACCCACUUACAGCUUAUUUUUAUUCUUUGUGAUGUGGUUCUAGAGUAUGAGAACUAUGUCAUCCCAGAGGAUGUGGUUUGCCUGGGUCAUCUUGCUCUGCCUGGACUGGUACGUCUCCCAGAAAUGCCAUGUCUGCCUGAAGAGGACUUUGAAGUGCUCGAGACAUACACAUGUUUUUCUCUGAAGAACCUGCAACGCUCAGGUUCGUCUCAGGAUUUGGGGUUAAAUUCCACUGUGGAAUUGUCAGUGUCAUAUUUCAGUUUCUUUCCUUUAUUUUCCUCAGACAACUGUGCUACGGAAUUGGACGCGUUCCUUCAAACUAUCAACAAGCUGACCAUUGACCUGCCCCCAGAGAUGGAUGAAUGCUGAGUCUAUAGCUUUGUAUUGGUUUUCACCCACUGUGUUCAUCUGUUUUGUUUUUAUAAAUAAAGUUUGAGCUU